CCAUAUAAUAAUGGUCUAUAUUAUGAUAAGCCAUAUUAUAAUGAGCCAGAUUGUGAUAAAAUUGAUGAUAAAGAAAUAGAUUAUAAGCUGAAUGAUAGUAAAAUAGAUUAUAAUUCAAAUAAUAGUGAAUUGAAAUAUUUGAAUGAAAAUAUUAUAGACAUAGAUAGUUAUAAUAUUAUAGAUAUAAAUAGCAUUAUUUUGAGAUUAUAUAUAAAAAUUUAG